AUGAAGGCUAACGUAGGAAAGCACCCCUGUCUGAUGCACGGCAUGUUGGCCGUCGCCGCAGCCCACGACCGGUAUCUCGGGCUGACCCCCUCAAGUCGUCGCACACUUCGCGAACUGAGCCACUGGUCGCAAUGCACCAUUCUCUUCGCCAAGAUGCUCCGCGGAACGAUCAAGGAGGAGUUCAAAGACGCCUGCUGGGCCACCGCCAGCACGCUCGGCAUACUGAGCUUCGCCUCCACGAACGUGGACCUGGCCGCGCGGGAUCCCUGGCCGCUCGGCCCCGCAGACUCCUCCGACCUGGAGUGGCUGCGCCUCGGCGCCGGCAAGAUGAAGCUCUGGCAGCUGCUCGACCCGCUCCGGCCGCAGAGCGCCUGCCAGCCGAUGCAUCGCGUGCUCCGGCGCAUCAGCGAGCCGCUCCCAGAGAGGGGUGCGGACGGCAUCCCGCGGGACCUGGCCGAGUGCUGCGGCAUGGACGCGUCCUCAACCGCGGACAGCAACGCGUACCACAACAUCGCUCACGGCCUGGCGCAGCUCGACGGCUACGACGGCCACGACGGCCAGAAGGGGUACGGCUCGGCGCUGCGGGUUUCGGGGCACAUGAGCGGCGCGUUUGAGGCGCGUCUGCGUGAAAAGGACGUCGUGGCGCUGGGCUCCAACACAGUAGAGGCAGCCGUCACCGCGUACUAUGACAACCCGGACAAGUACAGCAGUCCAGCGGUGACGAGUGACAAGAAGAGCAGCAAGGCCCUGCAAGAUGUAGGCCCCAAAGGCGGCGAUGUGCUGCCAACAUAUCAGCUCGCGCAGCGGUCACAGCCGAUGAUACACAACCAUACCAAUGUCGUAAUACAGGCGGCGCAUGUCCGCGCUCAGGAUGAGCAAGAUAUGCAAACCAUGCUACAGACUGUUCAGUUUCAAUUUAAACUGUACAAUCCCGACCUGGAGCCAGAGCAUGAGUUUGAGGGAUACUGCGACUGCCUCGUGCACCAGUACCAGCGCAGGAAGUGGGAUCGGCGAGGAGUGCAGACAAUGUGGUCAAAAGCUGUCAUGUACCCCGGUGAAAAGGCGUACGACAAUUGCUACACGACCCAAGUCAACAUCUUCUCCAGCAAUCCAUAUCGGUACAAUGUCACCUCGCCGUAUAUUGGCAGAGAUUACAUGUUCGCAGGAUCCUGGACGCCGCCGCGGCCAAGAGCAUAUCUAUACACACAAUAUGUUAGAGACACGAUAGCAUUGAACGCACACCUCAAUGCAAAAGCCCAAGCAGACAUUGAUGCUCAGGAGCCCCCGGUGAGCAUUUGGCAGGUGGACGAGCUCGCCAAAGCGGCAAGCAACUUGAGCUUGGAAAAUAAUGGUGCACGGGUCAAACCCCCAGACAACACGCAAUGCAGCUCCGAAAAGACUACGAAUGCCGAGAAGACUGUCAACACUGAGAAGGCCACGGACGGGGAAAAGAACGUGGGUAGCUCAGGUUCGCAAACCCCGCCGAUGGUAGGCUCGUCAAGCGCAGGUAAUCGCCAGUCUUGGUUCAAAAAGAUCGUUGCGCGAAAGACGCCCGAGCAAAAAGAAGCAAGGCGACUAGAGAAGCUGAGCGCGAGCUGCGGGACCCUGCGCAACGCGAUUCUGCAGGAAGAGCACGGACGCUGGCCGACGCAGGAAUGGCGACGUCUGGUUGCCGAAUACCAGGCCCAUGUUGGCAUGACGCGCAAGAUUGCCGAGCUCCGGGAAAGAUACCCAAUCCAGUACCUCCAACUACUUCGCGCGGGCUACUUCGAGCCCAUCCCCGUGGCGUGGGCCGACCAGGCCUCUAACCCGCUCAAGUUUCGAAUCGAGGGGAUGGAAGGAUGGCGGGGAAUCACGCCGACGUGGCGCGGAUUCGAAGAUACCGCCGAGGAGCGGCUUUAUUGGGUGCUGAACCACCGCGAGGGCAUGACGGGCCCACGACUGAAGCCAGACAUGAUCUCGGCGCUUAACAUGGCGCGCCAGAGGAUGGCGUGUGCCGUCGAGCCGCCGCCGCAAUACUUCUCGCAGACCGAUACAUGCCACCUGCAGCACACGUCGGCGGGCUACUCCAAGCAGGUCAUGGCGCCACCGUUUCGGGCGUUUGAUGCGCCGGAGACGGCGGCGGACGAUACCAUGAUUCUCCUCGACACUUCAGGAUCCAUGGACUUUGACCCCGUGAGACCAAACUACAGCGAGUAUCUCAUCACAGGAUACUCGCGAUCCACGCAACCGAAAAACAGAGACGUCGCCAAAGCCAUCAUCCGCCGCUUCGUCGAUGCCAUGACCAACCACAGCCACAGCGGGCGCGGCUACCAACUCGUCACCUUCGCCAACCACGCCUCGUACAUGGGCGUCGUCAACCACCAGAACCUCGACUCGGUGUGGCGGCAGGUGCAGUUUGGCGGCGGCACGCGCGUCAUGACCGGGUGGCAGCGCGUCAAGCGGCUGCAUUUUGAGCGGCACCGCGCCUCGGCGACCCACCACCCGGUGUUCGGGUGGCAGGCGGGGCCGGGCACGCCGACGCUCCGGCUGCUGCUGCUGCUCGACGGCGAGGCGACCGACAUGGACGAGUUCGAGCUCGACCUGCUGGCCAACGCCUGGGCGCACGUCACCAUCUUCCUCAUCGGCGUCGACGGCUGCCCGCACCACCACCGCCACGCCAACGAGCUGCAGCGCAUCGGCGAGGCGAACCACCACGUGUCGUUUGUCGACGCCGUGGGGAACAUGCCUGAGCGUCUGGUGACGCACGAGCUGCUGAAGAGACACCUGGGCUACGAGGUGUCCAUGGCCGAGUUUGUGGAGCUGGAGCAGCCGCCGGCGUACACGGAGGUGUAG